AUGUGGCGCUUGGCGGCAUUUGUGGUGUUCCUCACUUCAUCCCUGGACGUGGUACAAGACGAUGGGUUGAGGGCCGAGUUCCAGCAUCUUUGGAGCAUGGUGGUGAUCAAUCAGCAGUCGCGCAACGUGUCGCAGGGCGAGGCACCCGCCAUCAGACGAGCAUGCCAGUUUGGCGUGAGCCCUGCCACCUUCGACGUGGCCGACUGGAUGCUGAGCUUCGCAGACCCUCCUCUCGAGGAGCUGGAAAUCAUCGAUGUGCUAGACUCGGGAGGAGGAAUGUUGGCGCUGGCCUCCGAGUUGCAGCGUCGCUUUGGGAGACGCGUGCGGCUUGCUGGAGGCCAUGGGAAAUGGCAGAGGCCGCCGCUACCGAUGUCGCGGACGGAGCAGGAACAUGGCGGUAUUUGCGACCUCGUGCUGUUCUCCAAAGUCUCUACGCGCUUCACCCUGGAGCGCAUGAUGGACCGGGUAGGCAGCCAUGUGGUGACCAUCUGGGCAUCCGAUGAGUGCAUUAGCGAGACCACAGAGGUUGCCAGCCCAGCAUGUGCUCAUCUCAACACGUUCUGGGAGCGAACGUACCUCAUGAUGCGGGGGUAUUGCCUCGGCAGGAUCUGUGCCUCCAGAGUCCUCAAAAGCAUUCUUCAAGAUCCCAACGUGUUGGAGCUUCGCUGCGAUGAGUUUCGAACAGAGCAGGGCUCGAACGCCUCGAUCUCCGAGUUUGGCCAAGACUGGUUCAUUCUCCGAAACUUUCUGGGCCUUGAUGCGAACGGCAUUUACGUGGAUGUCGGGGCAUCUCUUCCCUUUGACUACAGCAACACGGUGAUGCUGGACCGUUGCCUUGGCUGGCAGGGGCUUUGCGUUGAGCCCAACCCUCAACUUAGCUUUAUUCUCGAGGCUUACCGAUCCUGCCAAGUCUUUACGAAUUGCGUUGACGAGGCUGGCCUCACUGGGCGGCCCUUUGCUGACCGGGACGGCAAAGUGGAGUUCCAUGCGGACUGCCUGACGCUGACCGAGAUUUUACGUGAAGGUGGGCUGUCUGGCCGGCGCAUCGACCUGCUCAGCAUCGACGUCGAACAUCAGGAGUUGGCAGUUUUGAGGGGUCUGUCCUUCGAAGAGUUUGAUAUCCGCAUUAUCGUCGUUGAAGUGACACGAGGAGCUCGAUGGCUGGAGGUGGACUCAAUCCUGCUGCCGAAGGGAUAUGCCAAAGUCGCAGUGCUCGGACGAGACGUCGUCUACGUCAGGCUAGAGGAGCUGCAGCAUCAAGGAGAUGACUGGCCCCUCUUCGGCAAGCUGGGCUCUGCGAAGGCCGUCUUGCCACCUGGAUGGGCUGAGUUUCAUCAACGUGUGCUGGACGAGGAGAUGGAGGAGGAGAUGCGGCAGGAGCGCCAUGCGUUCUAUGCAGGUCUGAGGCGCACAAAGCCUGCGCCGCUGGAUCCAGCCUAG